GCUGGCCUUGCGUCUUGGGCGCGUGAGGGACGUGAGGCUCGGCCUGACCGGAGCCCACUCCGGUCAGAAGAGAGAGGAAUCGCGGGCUGCGCCAAGCUCGGAGAGGUGAAGACCUUGGUCUCAGGAGGUGACGCAGCAGUUCAGAAGAGGAGGAUUCCCAGGCCCUGUCAGGAGUCAAUGUAAGGAUCCUUGGUGUGAAGCCUGAAAGCCCCUCUCCUUGAAAAGAAGGACCCACAGAAUCACAGCCCUGGGACGAUCUGAGCAGGAGUAGCCAGGUGGGAGGAACUCUCACUUCUGCCACAGACACUACCAGGAGUCAAGGGGAUAGAGUGUCUUACAGAGGUGAGGUCUUGAUUGGAGGGGGAGACUUUAGGUCAGCAGAGGCUAGGACAGGCCUUGCUGGGAGUACAGAUGAAUACCUCGAGGGAGGAUUGGGUAUAUUCCCCACACUGGAACAGACCCCUGGCAGGAAUGGCUGGAUUUGGUGUCUUUUUACUUUUGUUUGGAGUAUCCCAGGAAGGUGAAGAGCUUGGCCUGAGCUGGUGACAUCAGCAGAGGGAAGAGUUCCAGGAUCUGUGACGAGUCAAGGUAAGGGACUUGGAACUGAGGUCCUUAGUCUGAGUGUGAAGGCAGGGGAACUGAAGAAGCCACAUCAGAUCAGAAGAGGGAGGAGUCCCAAGCUCUACUAGGAGUUAAGGCCUGUGGCACCCGAUCUCCCACCAUCCCGCUCACACUUCUACUUGUUGCUGCCAACCAGAGUCAUCAUGCUUCGCUCUGCAAAGCGUCCGCGGCUCACAUUGGAACCAGACUUUGAGGCCCAAAAUGAGAUACAGGACCUGGCGGUGGCCGGUGUUCUCACAGCUGAGGAGGAGGAGGAGGAGGAGACUUCCUCCUCUUGCUCUUUCAAUUUCUCCUAUCCCUCCACCUCCUGCUCCCUGCCUUCCUCUCCUGUGAUCCCGGUUUCCAACGAGGAGAAGGAGGUGGAGGAGGAGGAGCCUGAGAAGGAGCCCGCCACAACAUUGAGUCUUCCCCAGAACCCUCAGAGCCCCUGCUUCUUCUCCGUAUCACGGAGCACAUCAGAAGGAGGCUCCAAUAGCCAAGAAGAAGAAGAUACAUGUUUCCUGCAGACCUCAAUAGACACCGAAUCUUCACCCACAGACCCACUAGAUGAGAAGGUAGCUGAUUUAGUGAAUUUCAUGAUCCUUAAGUACCGAUUGCAGGAGCCCGUCACACAGGCAGAAAUGCUGAUGGUUAUCAUGAAAAGGUACAGGAAACAUUUCCCUGUGAUCUUUAAGAAAGCUUCUAAGUUUAUGGAGGUGAUCUUUGGCAUUGAUAUGUGGGAGGUGGACAUUUCUGUCCCCUCCUAUAUCUUUGUCAACUCACUGGACCUCACUAGUGUUGAGGUGUCUAGUGACACCCACGGCAUGCCUAAGAACGGUCUCCUGAUAAUCAUCCUGGGUGUGAUCUUCAUAGAGGGCAAUUGCAUCCCUGAGGAAGACCUCUGGGAUUUCCUGAGUAUUAUGGGAGUGUAUCCCGGGAGGGAGCAUUUCAUUUAUGGGGAGCCCAGGAAGCUCAUCACCAUAGAUUGGGUGUAUGAGCAUUACCUAGAAUACCGGCAGGUGCCUGCCAGCAAUCCUCCACGCUAUGAAUUCCUGUGGGGUCUCAGGGCCCAUGCUGAAAUCACCAAGGUGAAAGUUCUAGAAUUUUUGGUUAAGAUCAAAGGGAUUGACCCCCUUUCCUUCUCAUUCUGGUAUGAGGAGGCUUUAAAAUACGAGAAAGAGUGGCCUCGGGCCAGAAUUGGAUCUGGGGAAAGCACUGCUGCUAUGUUCAUUGCACAGCAUUGAUCAGCAGUUCCGCCCCAACUGAAGAGGGAGCCCGAAUAUUCACUCUCUAUUUGAAGAGGGCAGUCCUGGCUCUGAGUAGAGGGUCAGGGUCAAACUGGGGAGAACACAAUGUGCAACAACUUUGUGUUCCUGUUCUACAUAGAUGAUUUGGAAGUCUAUCUUUUUUUACCUUUUGGUGUUUUUCAAAUGCUGUUUCUUUUACUGGAAGGUUUUUUAGCUUUAGAAUCUAAGUGUGUGAAUGAAUUUGUCACAUAUCUGUUGAUGUUUCUCAGAUUUAAGAAUAUGACUUUUGAUAUUUUACAAAAUAAAAUAUCAAACUAUCAAAUAUCACAAUAUCAAAUAUUGUGAUCUGGGACAAGAUAACAACACUGGAAUGGGAAUUUCCUUGGAAAUGUGAAAGAAAAUCGGAAAAAAAUGGAAUGUAAAAGGUGGUUCAUUUUUGGAUUCCCUUAACCACUAAUUUAUUGUUCUGUAAAAUUAAAAGACGUAUACCUGGACUUGCUUGGCUUACUGAAGAAAGUAGGCAUAAUCUUAAUAAAUCUUAUUAAAUGAAA